UCCCCGACAAGGAAGUACCAAGCUUCUGCAGCCAGCAACCCGCGACACAGCAAAGAGACCGGACACUAUUCUCUGUAGAUAACCAUCAUGAGACCGUCUGUGAUGAUCACUCUCCUUGUCCUGGUCUUGGCCGCGCAAUGCAACGCAAAGAAAAAGGGGAAACUUACAAAAGAGGUUGCUCGGCAUCUUCUUGGGCAUUGGACGACCAAGAGGGUGACUUUCAUGGGACACUCAUGCAAGAUUGAAGUGGAGCAUAGGUUCUCCCACUGGACUGUGUACCACCAGUGCACUUUCACCUGUGACCAUUGGCCUAAUAUCACAGGCAAAGGUAAACGUGCUUACUUGUGAUUUCCUAUCCUCUUUGUUUUUCUUCCUUCUACCCCUCUCUUUCUCUUGCCUUACACUUA